UCAAAAAUCACUAAAAGAAAAUAUAUUAAAGAAAAAUAAACAAUUUUCCAAAAACUUUAAAUCACUAUUUAAUGAUAUUAAUCAAUAUCGAAUUAUUAUCAAUGAUAAUGGAAAUAGAAAAUAUUUCUUAUCAUUAUUUCAAGGACAUAAGGAUCUUUUAUUAACAUUAAUAAAUUCAACUCCUUCAGAAAUUUUGCAACAAAUUUUCAAUGAUAAUUGUUUGAAACAAAAACAAUUGGAUAAAAUUUCUUAUCAAAAGAAACAGAAGAUGAAAAAAAUUUUUGAAUUAAAGUUGGAGGAAAUAAAUAUAUAUAAUAAAAUUAAUCAAGAAAAUAAAGAAGUAAAUCCAUCUGAGAAAAUACUCACUCGUUGUCAAAGAUCGAUGGCAAGACACAAUGCGGCACAAUCAAUUCGAACUACUUAUGAAUCGAUGUUAAAAAUAUUGGAAAAAGAUGCCAGUUAUUACGAUAAAAUUUCUCAAGAAUUGAUAAAAAAUCAAAAAGAACAGAGUAAAAUGAUAUUAAAAACAACGUUGAUGGGUCAAAUUGCUGUUGAAAAUCUAGAUAAUAAUCGUAAAAAAUAUAAUAAAUUAGCUCAUGAAAUUUUAAUAAAUAUGAUAGAAAGAGAACGUACUUUGAAAAUUGCUCGUCAACAAGUUGAAGAUAUAUUUAAUGCUCAAUCGCUUAUGCAGAAUUAUAAUGUAGAGAAAAAAAAUAACGAAUCAUACAAUGAAGAAGAAGAAGAACUUGAAAAACAAAUAGAAAUAUUGAAACAAUUAUUUGUUCAAGUAAAAAAAUCAUUUAACGAACAAUCAAAUGAAUUAUUACUAUCCAGACUGAAAGAGCAGUUGAUUAAAAAAAACAAUCUUUCUCAACAUCUCGAAAAUGUAAUAAAAGAAAAUGAUUUAUUAUUAAAGAAAAAACAACAUGCACAAUUGAUUCUUGAUGCAUUUCAACAAACUAUGAUUUCAACUAAAGAACUAUAUAAUUCAAGAAAACAGGAAAUACUCGAAGAAAUAGAAAUGAAGAAACAACAUCAGAGAGAUUUGAAAAUAUCAACAAAAGUUGAAGAACAAUUAUUAAUGAAAAUAAGAGGUUCAUUACAAAGUAUAUUAGAUUUUAUAAUAGAUGAAAAGAUUUUCACUAAAUCGCCAAAUGAAAAAGAUGUUGAAUCUGAUGAUGUAAUUACUCUUCUUGAUCGAGUAACGCGAAUAGUUACUUUGCUCCAUACUUUAAGUAAUUUAAAUUUGGAUGAAAAGAGAGCAAGAGAUUUUUAUCAAACAUAUAUUUCGGACUAUAAAUCAAAUAUGAAAUAUAAUAAAGAAAAUGUUGAAUCUGGUAAAAUUUCUUUAUUUAUUUUUUACAAUUUAAAACAAUAUGUUAUCCUUUUGUUUUUUGCAGAUAUUCUUGUAGAUGAAUACGAAAUUAUUGACUCGAAUGUUUUAACUCGAAAAGAUAUUAAAAAACAAAGUAAACAAAUUGUUGAAACACGUUUAGAAUGAAUUUACUCUCUCCCUCUCUCU